GGAUGUACUAGAACUUUCUGUGAGACGCGUCAAGUAGUGCGCAUGCGCUUUCUGGAGAUUUCCUCACGUGGAGGGUGUGCAAGGGAGUCAGAUCCACGCUCGCUGACUACGGUGUUGCUCCAGAAGACCCAGAUAGCUCUCACACUAAAUAAUGGCCUUCAGGAAGUUCCUCCCCCUGUUCGACCGGGUGCUGGUGGAGCGUCUCACAGCAGAGACCGUGACGAAGGGAGGCAUCAUGCUGCCAGAGAAGUCCCAGGGCAAAGUACUGCAGGCCACGGUGGUGGCAGUCGGCCAAGGCUCGGUUAACCAGGAUUUCUACAACUGGCCAGAUGAGUCAUUUGAGGAGAUGGACAGCACGCUAGCUGUUCAACAGUACAUCCAGCAGAACAUUAGGUCCGACUGCUCCAACAUUGACAAAAUCCUGGAACCUCCUGAGGGUCAGGAUGAAGGGGUCUGGAAGUAUGAGCACCUCAGGCAGUUCUGUCUGGAGCUUAAUGGACUUGCUGUAAAGCUGCAGAGCGAGUGUCACCCUGACACCUGCACUCAGAUGACAGCCACAGAGCAGUGGAUCUUCUUAUGUGCUGCCCACAAGACGCCCAAAGAGUGCCCUGCCAUUGAUUACACCAGGCACACGCUGGACGGAGCUGCCUGCCUUCUCAAUAGCAACAAAUAUUUUCCCAGCAGGGUGAGCAUCAAGGAGUCAUCAGUGGCCAAGCUGGGCUCUGUCUGCCGCCGCAUCUAUAGGAUAUUCUCUCACGCUUACUUCCAUCACCGUCAGAUAUUUGACAAGUAUGAGAACGAGACGUUCCUGUGUCACCGGUUCACACGCUUUGUGAUGAAGUACAACCUGAUGUCCAAGGACAACCUGAUAGUGCCCAUCCUGGAGGAGGAAGUCCAGAACACCUCAUCAGCUGGCGAGAGCGAGGCUUAACAGCUGUGGCCAUAAGGGAGACACAUGUACACUCACAAUAUCUAUACAGUACAGAGGAGAUGCUCUCAUUUUGCAUAAAUAUAUAUGAAUAUAUGUAUAGACACACUACAGUGUAUUGAGACUCCGUGUCUAGAGACACUGUCUACGUCCCUCCUCCCCACUCUUCUGUCUGUCUCAGAGGAAGUAAAGCUUCCCUGGAGCAGGACUGCCAGGCCUGCAGGAUCACAUCAAUGUUUUCAGUUUCCAUUCUGAGGCUCAGAUGUUCUGAAAACAGUUCUGCUCAUGCUCCUCAUGUUUCUGACCCACUUUGUCCACAGUAGCUGCCUCAUUCAAACCCUGUCAGUAUAUCAGGUCCUCUGGAAACCUUUGAGACGGUUUUAUGGGUUUUACAAAGUAUUGAAACCUGUUCUCAUUUAGUUUCGCCUCCGGCAGAACACAAGUGUUCCUAAAGUUUUGACUCCUGAUUUUAGCUGCUUGACGCGUGCCUGCUACAGACGGCUGGUUGCACAGAAACCAGUCCAUACACAGUCGGCACCACUGAUCCUUCGGUCGCUGUGGACAUUGUGGGUUGUUCUGCCUCAGUGACUUGCAUUAAUGCCUCCUUCCUCUGUAUAUACACCCCACCUUUCUGUUUGCUUGUGUUGCUGACCUGUCUGCUUUGGGUUGGGGUUGUCCUAUAAAAUGGAUCAGUACAUUUCCCUGCUGUUGAAAUUAAACGUAGGUGUGGUGCUUGUGUGGUAGUAACCCAACCUUCACCUUUAGCUCUGUCUGUGAACUAGCAGCGAGAUGUUCUUUAGAAGGGCUUCUUGUCGGAUUCUGAUCCUGCCGUCCCUUCACUUCAAUACUGUGCACCAUGUGGCUAGUGUUUGUGACCAGGGCAGCAGCGGGCCCGUUUUAACCGGGCUCAACAUGAGCACCGUGCUGAAGGAGGGAGUGUUGGCAACCUGAGGUGUCGGAGCACAACCCACUUCCUGCGUUCUUUAACCCUCUUCCUCAUUAAGUUAUUGUGUGGGAGGAGUCUCUUCGGUCCAACCCACUGUUUGUUUUUUAAAUGGACUAAAACUUUUGUUACUGUUGACAUUUUCAUGAUGUCUGAAUAAAAAAAAGACCUAUUAUUCA